CAUUUUUUGUAAUUUCUUUUAAUUUACCUGGGUAGUUAGCACAAUAAGGAGGCCGCAUAGGAAACUCAAAGUCUGCUUGUAGUAGACCUUCAUCACUGCGACAGCCCCAAUGGAAUAGGCGUCUCCUCCUCCAAUGGAGACACCGCAGUUGGCAAAUAUGGUAAUGAUUACGUGCUCCUUGAUGUUAAACGGCCCAGGAUUCAGAUUAAAACUCCAGCCCCUAAAGAGCCUCACCUCUUUUCUUGGUAGCACCCCAGCCAUGAACCGGCCGAGGGGAAGUGCUGCGAUCUGCAUCAAGAUCGCCGAGAUUGUAAGCGGCUGCGUGCGGAAGGUAAAGAAAGUAUUGAGAAAGAUAAGAAGGACGCAACAAGUUAAGCCGAGGAACCACGCCCGGAAUGUCAUCACUGGCAUCGAUGGAUCAUCGGUCUCCGGAACAACUAGGGCCACCUCCUCCACCGGACACCGCUCUGCCGCCAACUCUUCUGAAGCCAGUGGGGGCGUUAGCUGUUCCUUUCGGACCUUGGGGUCGCCCUUUGAGGCCAUUUGUGAGAGCGAAUGAGCAAUCUUAUUGUAUUAUCCUUCUGUAUUCUGCAGAAGAAGGGAGAGUGUGUGCGGUAUAUAUUGAGAGAGGGCUGCCCGGAGAGAGUGGGCAAAAAGGGUAAAUUUUGGAA